AUGGAGCGAUUUAGGAAUCUGUUGGGCGGAGGUGGCAUGGGGUUGGGAGGAGUUACUCCAGGCACGGAUAACAUUAGCCUGAUCGAUAACUCCGAAACGGUCUACAUCUCAUCCCUAGCCCUGCUGAAGAUGCUCCGGCACGGCCGAGCAGGCGUGCCGAUGGAAGUCAUGGGUCUCAUGCUGGGCGAAUUCGUCGACGAUUUCACAGUCAAGGUCAUGGACGUGUUUGCCAUGCCCCAGAGCGGAACAGGAGUCAGUGUUGAAGCUGUCGAUCCUGUAUUUCAGACCAAGAUGAUGGAUAUGCUGCGGCAGACUGGAAGACCGGAAGCUGUCGUCGGAUGGUAUCACUCGCACCCUGGAUUUGGCUGCUGGCUUUCUUCUGUUGACAUAAAUACUCAGCAGUCGUUUGAGCAGCUAAACCCCCGUGCAGUGGCAGUUGUUGUCGAUCCUAUACAGUCAGUCAAAGGCAAGGUCGUCAUCGAUGCUUUCCGACUUAUCAACCCACAACUACUCAUGAUGGGCCAGGAGCCUCGACAGAGCACAAGUAACCUGGGACACUUGAACAAGCCAUCCAUCCAGGCUUUGAUCCAUGGACUCAACCGACACUACUACUCGAUUGGCAUCAACUACCGCAAGACGGCACUAGAAGAGAAUAUGCUCAUGAAUCUCCACAAGCACGUAUGGACGGAAGCUCUAGAAAUGGAUGAUUUCCGGACGGAGGGACAGAAGAACAAGGAGCGUCUGGAAAGACUAGUCAGCCUGGCAGAUGGCUACGAGAAGAGAGUCAAGGAGGAGACUGAGCUGACUAAGGAGCAGCUCAAGACCCGUUACGUUGGCAAGCUGGACCCCAAGAAGCACUUGGAGGACGUGGGCCAGGAGCUGAUUGAAGACAACAUCGUGUCGGUGUCGAGGCAAAUGAUUGACAAGGAGGCGACGAUGCCAAAGAAGAACGGGGCAUUGGGAGCGGCUGCCCAAUCAAAUGAAGACCAGAUGGAGACAGAGGAGGAGUUAUAA